AUAAUGCCUCAUGUAUUAGAAGAUUUAAGGAGAGUUUUUCCAAAAAAGUCUUUACUACUCCAGACCUAUAUGUUAGGUUGUUUCUACCUGAUUCAUUAACAAUUGAAUUGCGAUGAGAAGAAGAAAGAGAAACAGACAAUGCCAAUAUGGAGAUCAAAAUUGAUUGAAAAUCAGCAUUAGCGACAUUUGAAAUAAUUUUAAUUGAAAAUCUUAAUUGAUUAGCAAUUACCACUCAAACCUCAACACAAAUCGUCAUAUGGCUUGAUGGAAUUUAGUAAUAGAUGGUCAUUUAUAUUUUAGGAACACCAUAAUUUGUUGGGUUUCCAAACUUGGAGUAGCCAAAUUCAACAUCACAAGUGGUAUUAUUUGAGUAAUUCUUUAGCAUUCUUUAUAAAUUGACUCAAAACAAAUUCAGAAUUUCAGUUUGGAUGACUUAUCAACUAUAGAAAGUGAAUUUGUCCCAGAUUUGAAGACUGAUUUACAAAUACAGAAAUCUGUGGACAUGACAUAAAGUUGUAUUUUUUGA